AUGGCGGAUACCGCUAUUGACAUUCCUUAUCUCGCCUCCCAUUUCUCUUUGUCUUCCACCACCCUUACAUCGCUUACCGAAGCCCCGACGGUUGACCUCGUCAACGAACUUCUUCAAUCCAUUACCAACAAGGCACACGGAUACGAUGAACUCAAGUCGGACAAACUACGCUUGGAGGUUGAGCUCGAAAAUGCUGUGCGCAGCAACGAGUCUAAGAUCAAGGUGCUGAAGAGCACGGUAGAAAAGGGACACACUGAAGUUGAAGAGCUAAGAAAAAAGCUUCACGAAUCUGAAUCUACGCGCAGCACAUUAGAGGCUGAGAUUUCGAAACUCAAAUCUUCCUCCACUUCUAAUGUAAGCGAAGUCAGCUCCCUGAAGUCGCGCAUCACAUCCCUCGAGGAAUCGAACCGAGAUACCCUUCGAUUGCUGGAAUCUAAAUCCGCUGCCCACGACAAACUUGCAGAGGAAUUGUCCGUUCAACACAAGAAAACCAUUGAAUUACGCCGUGAGAUUUCGACGCUUGAGCAAAACCUCCAGAAUGCCAAUUCUGCUUCCGCGAGCGCACGAUUCCGCGAGCAAAGCAUUCAGCAAGAGUUAGAUCUCACUAAGAAAAACAACGAAUGGUUCGAGACCGAAUUGAAAACCAAGAAUGCCGAGCAUAUCAAGUUCCGCAAGGAAAAAAAUGCUCGCAUCGCGGAGCUCCAGCGCGAAAAUGAAGAGGCAAACUCUUCCAUUGAUGCCUUGAGGCGCACUGAAAACUCCCUGAAGAGCCGCCUGGACGAGACCGAGCAACGGUAUGAAGAGUCUCUUUCUAACAUUCAACAGCUCAAGGAGGAAGCAAUCCAAGCCGCGGAGUCCUUCCGUAACGAGCUAGAUAGUGCCAACCGACUUGCCGAGCUCCAAGGGUCUGCUGCACAGAAUGCCAAGCAAAGAGCCCAAGAGUGCCAACUCUCGCUGGAGAAGGCCACUGCUGAUGCCGCAGAGGAGAUCUCUCGUCUGCGUGUGGAAAUCGAGGCCGAACAUAAUGACAAGGAGGCUGCCGAGCGCCGCGUCGCUGAACUUGAAAUUUCCAUAUCCAACCUUGAGUCGGAAGGAGCACGAAACCGCUCCAUGAGCCCUGCAAGAUCCAUCAACGGCAUGGCACCUACAACACCUGUCCGACCAGCAACGCCUGGAAGCUCAUUCACCCCAAGAACCGGUCGAACCAAAAAUGGCCUUUCGCUUACUCAGAUGUACUCCGAAUAUGACAAGAUGCGAUCACUCCUCGCAACAGAGAAACAGAUCAACCAGGAGUUGCGCUCAACUCUCGACGAAAUGGUGCAAGAACUUGAGUCGAGCAAGCCAGAGAUUGACGAGCUUCGUGCAGAUCACACCCGCCUCGAGAAUGCUGUGAUGGAGAUGUCCGACCUCCUGGAAUCGUCAGGCAAGGAACGUGACGAGGCAACCAAGGAAGCGCGGAAAUGGCAGGGUCAAGUAGAAGGCCUGCUCCGUGAAGGUGACAUUCUCCGGCAACAGCUUCGUGAUCUGAGCGUACAGGUCAAGAGUCUUGCCCUGGAAGUGGCCAUGGCCAAGCAGGGCGAAGACUAUGAUCGCGAGGAGCUCGAAAAAAUUGCCCGCCAGGAGAUUGAAGAGUCUUCGACUGAAUUGAACUCAACCGGCCGCUUCAUCAGCCAGCAUCUGACCAGCUUCAAGGAUCUCCACGACCUGCAAGAGCAGAAUGUGACGCUGCGCCGUAUGCUCCGAGAGCUUGGUGACAAAAUGGAGGGAGAGGAAGCUCAAGUCAAGAAUGCAACGAGGCAAGAAGAAGCUGAGGAGCUUAAGGAAUUGCGAGUUCGCGUUCAAACCUACCGGGAUGAGGUUGCCAACCUCCUCGCCCAGUCUAAGAGUUACGUCAAGGAGCGUGACACAUUCCGCAGCAUGCUAAUGCACCGGAAACAAGCAAUUGGUGAUACAUCUCUGUUCUCUCAAUCAAUGCCGCUCGGUGCCGUUCCCCCUGGUGCAAAUGAUAGCCAGUUGAAAGAUUCGACUGACUACGCCGACCUGCUUCGCAAGGUGCAAGCACACUUUGACACUUUCCGCGAGGAGAGUGCAACUGAUCACAAAGCUUUACGACAACAGGUCAAUGAACUCUCUCGGAAGAACAGCGAGCUUUUGAGUGAAAUCAGUCGCUCUAGCAGCCAACUUGCAGCAGCUUCUCAACGAGCCGAGCUCCUUCAAAGCAAUUUCAAUAUGCUCAAGAGCGAGAACAGUGACCUACAGAAGCGAUACUCGGUUCUAUUUGAGAAUGCCAACCGUCAGGACCUUCGGACACAACAAGCUGCCGAGGACCUGGUCGAGGCCAAAGGACUGGUGGAGAGCCUCCAGAGAGAAAACGCCAAUCUCAAGGCGGAAAAAGAUCUUUGGAAGAACAUUGAAAAGCGAUUGAUCGAAGAUGGCGAGAAUAUGCGGAACGAACGCAGUCGACUUGACAACAUGAAUGCCAGCUUGCAAACUAUGAUGAACGAACGUGAGCAUGCAGACAGUGAGACUCGCCGGAGGCUCCAGUCCAGUGUGGAGAGCCUGGAAUCGGAACUGCAAAUAACUAAGCGGAAGUUGAAUGACGAGACGGAAGAGUCCAAGAAAGCGGCCAUGCGCCGUGAGUAUGAGCACGAACAAAGUCAGAAACGGAUUGAUGAUCUUGUGGCUAGCCUGAGCUCAAUUCGAGAGGAGCAGGUUGCCAUCAAGACUACCCGCGACCACUUGCAGUCCCGUGUUGACGAGCUCACUGUUGAGCUCAAGAGCGCCGAGGAACGUAUUCUGGUCAUGCAAUCACGCCCGAGCGUCUCUGCUGCGCCUGCUGAUGCCCUCCAUAUCGCCCAGGAAGCGGAAGUGGAUGCUAACGGACUGACUCGGGAACAAGAACUCGCCAUCGAGGUUUCCGAACUCAAGCGUGACCUCGAUCUUGCCAAGGCAGAGCUGGCCCAUUCUAAGGAACAAGUUGAAGAAUACAAGAAUAUCAGUCAAUCAACCGAGGAACGCAUGGAGGCCGAGGCUGAGACCAAUGCGAUGUACCGCGAAGAGACGGAUCGUCUUAUCGAAGAGAAGGACAAGAAAAUUCAAGAUCUGGAGACUCGGAUCGAAGAGAUUUCUUCGGAGCUUUCUUCCACCAAUACAGAACUUUCAAAGCUACGUGAUGAGCAAGGCGAUGCUACACGUCAUCUUGAGGAACAGAAAGCUACCCUUGAAUCGGAAAUUGCUCGCCUCAAGGAUGAGAACGAACGACAGGUCGCUGCUGCUCAGUUCCAUCAAGAAGACCUGAAAGCCCAGGCUGAAAUUGCUCAGCAUGCCCAGCAAAACUACGAGACUGAGCUUGUGAAGCACGCCGAAGCUGCAAAAAAUGUUCAGAAUAUUCGCGCCGAGGCCAAUCAGCUCAAGCUUGAUCUGGUGGAAAUGCGAACCCAGUCUGAAACCUACAAGAAGGACUUGAUUCAGAAAGAGGAAAGUUGGUCUGAGCAGAGAGCUCGUUACGAGAACGAGCUGACUGAGUUGCACAAACGCCGCGAGGAAGUUCUCCACCAGAACUCCGUUUUACAUACCCAGUUGGAGAACAUCAGUACCCAGAUCAGCGCUCUCCAGCGUGACCGUGCAAAUGUCCCUGAUGACGAUGAAAACGAUGAUGGAAACUCCGCUCCUAACCUGGAGGGCCUUCAGGAAGUCAUCAAAUUCCUGCGCCGGGAGAAAGAGAUCGUGGAGGUCCAGUACCACCUGUCGACACAAGAAGGAAAGAGACUGCGUCAACAACUCGAAUACACCCAGUCUCAGCUUGAUGAGACUCGACUGAAGCUGGAACAGCAGCGACGUGCUGCUGCUGACUCCGAGCACAAUACCCUCAACCACAACAAGCUAAUGGACACCCUUAACGAGCUCAAUCUUUUCCGCGAAAGCAGUGUCACUCUUCGCAACCAAGUCAAACAGACUGAAGCAGCUCUUGCAGAGAAAACUUAUCAGCUUGAUGAGCUCCGCCAAAAGAUCGAGCCCCUGGAGACCAAGAUCCACGAGCUGGAAGGAAACCUGGAAGCAAAGGACGGCGAGAUGCAGCUGCUGCAGAAAGACCGCGAUCAUUACCAGCAGCGCAUCCAGAAUAUUCUUCAGAAGUACGAUCGAGUUGAUCCCGCUGAAAUGGAGGCCCUCAAGGAAAAACUCAGCACCCUGGAGAAAGAACGGGAUGAGGCAGUAUCGGCUCGAGAUGAGUUGCAGACGCAGAAGGCAGCUCUCGAUGAGCAGCUUCAGAACGCGGAGGCAGAUGCGACCAACCGUUUAACCGAGCAGCGUAACAGGAUUGGUGAACAGUUCAAGGCUCGUUCAAAGGAGCUGACUGGACGUCUGAACGCCAGGCAAACAGAACUUAAUGCCGCUUUGCAAGAGAAGGAGGUCCUUGAGGAGGAGCUGACCAAGACCAAAGCUGAAUUAGAGAGCUUGAAGGCCACCAUGGCCAAUGCUUCUGCUGCGGCCGCUCCUGCGCCAGCUGGCACAACUGAAGCUGCGCCCGAAGCCACAAAGGUUAACGCGACCCCUGCCUCCCAAUUCCCAACGGCCACAACAGCCGUUGCUGUGCCCGUGGAUGAGCAAAAGGUCAAGGAGCUGGAGGCAAAGAUCCAACGCUUGGAAGCUGCCUUAGCUGAAAAGGACAGCCUCCUUGCAGCCAAAGAAGCCGAGCAAGAUAGCAAAGUCAAGGAACGUGUCGAUAAGAUCAAAGAGAUUUACAAUGGCAAGGUCGCGGAACUUCGUGCGGCCCAUGCUCAAGAGCUCCAAAAAGCAUCUUCGACUGAAGGGCAAUCGACUCCUGCCGCGCCCGCGACACCUUCCAAGGGUGUUUCUUCAGAUAUCCCGGAGCUCACAGACGCCCAGGCCCGGGAGCUUGUUUCCAAAAAUCAAACCAUUCGGGCUAUUGUUAGAAAUAACAUCCUGAACGGGGUAGCUAAGGAAAAGGAAAAAGAAAGGGCCCAAGCCCAAGCCUCAGGAGCGACUGCUGUGGAUGCGGAAGCGUUGGCGUCAGCGGAGGCUAGGUUCAACGAGGAAAGAGAUGCGUUGAAGAAGAGUCAUGAGGCGGAACUUGGGGACAAGGUGAAAUCUGCUGUGGAACUCAAUGAGAAGAAGUAUGCCGCUCGCUUGAGUGUGAACGAAGGUCGAUUCAGGUCGGCCCAAGCCAAGAUCGAUGUGGUUCAAAAAGCGGCCGCGGAGACCCCUCAAAGGCCCGUUGGUGAGGUUUGGGAGGAAGCUAAAACGGCGAAGGCUGCGCCAGUCACAAAGGUUGGGGGGAUCUCAUCUCCUGCUGUCUCAUCUCCUGCCGUCUCAUCUCCUGCUCCGCUUCCUGCUAUUUCUUCUUCUGCCCCGCCUUCUUCGCCUGCGCCGGCUGCUGCAGCGCCAGUGACAGCCCCUGUACUGAGCGCAGCACAACCCGUGGUGGCCAAUAACCAAAGAAUUACUACUGAACAGCCAGCUAGCCAACAAAAGCCCCAAGUGGGCACGCAGGAGAGUGUGAACCAAAACACAACACCCGCGAAUCCUUUCGAUCAAUCGCAGAAUGAUCAACAACCCCAGCAACCGGCUUCUCUGCCUACCAAGCCGCCGGGCAAUACUCCACCUGGCAUGCUCAGGGCCCUUCAAUCGGGCUUGCCAGUUGUACGAGGUGGUCGCGGUGGUCGCGGUGGCGGCCAGCAGCACCCCUUCGGCCAUGGUCAGCAGCAAGGUGACCAACAACAAUCACAGGGACAGGGCCAAAACCAGGCCCAGCGCGGCACUGGCCUCCCACGAGGUCGCGGUGGUGGCCGCGGUGGACAAGGUCGAGGUGGACAGAACUCCUCGCAAUCUCCAAACCAGGGACAAGCAGGUCCAGCAACCCGUGGUGCUCUGAAUGUUCAGGCCCGUCAAUUCAUCCCUCAGGGAAAUAAACGGAACCGGGACGAUGCCGCCGAUGCUCCUAACGAGGGGGCCAGUGGUGGUAAACGCAUGCGAGGUGGUGGACAGUCUCGUGGAGGCUCAUCUUAG